AUGGCCGCCUCCCUCGAAGACCUCCGCAACGAGAGCAUCGAUCUCGAGGCGAUCCCGAUCGCGGAGGUGUUCCAGGUGCUCAAGUGCAAGCCGCACGGGCUCACCUCCGAUGAGGCCGCCAGCCGCCUCCAGGCCUUCGGCCCCAACAAACUCGAGGAGAAGAAGGAGAGCAAGUUCCUCAAGUUUUUAGGGUUCAUGUGGAACCCUCUGUCGUGGGUCAUGGAGGCGGCGGCGAUCAUGGCCAUCGCCCUCGCCAACGGCGGCGGCAAGCCCCCCGACUGGCAGGACUUCGUGGGCAUCGUCACCCUGCUCAUCAUCAACUCCACCAUCAGCUUCAUCGAGGAGAACAACGCCGGCAACGCCGCGGCGGCGCUGAUGGCCAGCCUGGCGCCGCAGACCAAGGUGCUCCGGGACGGCAAGUGGGCGGAGCAGGACGCGGCGAUACUGGUGCCGGGCGACAUCAUCAGCAUCAAGCUGGGCGACAUCAUCCCGGCGGACGCGCGGCUGAUGGAGGGCGACCCGCUCAAGAUCGACCAGUCGGCGCUCACCGGCGAGUCCCUCCCCGUCAACAAGCUCCCCGGCGACAGCGUGUACUCCGGCUCCACGUGCAAGCAGGGCGAGAUCGAGGCCGUCGUCAUCGCCACCGGCGUCCACACCUUCUUCGGCAAGGCCGCGCAUCUCGUCGACAGCACCAACAACGUCGGCCACUUCCAAAAGGUUCUUACUGCGAUCGGCAACUUCUGCAUCGUGUCCAUCGCCAUCGGCAUGCUGGUGGAGAUCGUCGUCAUGUACCCGAUCCAGCACCGCCGGUACCGCGACGGCAUCGACAACCUGCUCGUGCUCCUCAUCGGCGGCAUCCCCAUCGCCAUGCCCACCGUGCUCUCCGUCACCAUGGCCAUCGGCUCCCACAAGCUCUCGCAGCAGGGCGCCAUCACCAAGCGGAUGACAGCCAUCGAGGAGAUGGCCGGCAUGGACGUGCUCUGCAGCGACAAGACGGGCACCCUCACGCUCAACAAGCUCACCGUCGACAAGAACAUGAUCGAGUCCUUCGUCAAGGACGUCGACAAGGACGCCGUCGUGCUCUAUGCCGCCAGGGCGUCACGGACUGAGAAUCAGGACGCCAUCGACGCCUCCAUUGUCGGCAUGCUCGCCGACCCCAAGGAGGCCCGCGCCGGCAUCCAGGAGGUGCACUUCAUGCCGUUCAACCCCGUCGACAAGCGUACAGCCAUCACCUACGUCGACUCCGACGGGACAUGGCACCGGGUCAGCAAGGGCGCUCCGGAGCAGAUCAUCGACCUGUGCGGGCUGCGCGAGGACGUGCGGCGGCGGGUGCACGGCAUCAUCGGCAAGUUCGCCGACCGCGGGCUGCGGUCGCUAGCGGUGGCGCGGCAGAGCGUGCCAGAGCGGAGCAAAGAGGCCAAGGGCGCACCGUGGCAGUUCCUGGCCGUGCUGCCGCUGUUUGACCCGCCGCGGCACGACAGCGCAGAGACCAUCCGUCGUGCGCUCCAGCUGGGCGUCAACGUGAAGAUGAUCACCGGCGACCAGCUGGCCAUCGGCAAGGAGACGGGCCGUCGGCUCGGCAUGGGCACCAACAUGUACCCGUCGAGCUCCCUCCUCAAGGACGGCGACAGCUGCGGGCUCCCCGUGGACGAGCUGAUCGAGAAGGCGGACGGCUUCGCCGGCGUGUUCCCGGAGCACAAGUACGAGAUCGUGCGGCGGCUGCAGGAGAUGAAGCACAUCUGCGGGAUGACGGGCGACGGCGUGAACGACGCGCCGGCGCUGAAGAAGGCGGACAUCGGCAUCGCCGUGGCCGACGCGACGGACGCGGCCCGGAGCGCGUCGGACAUCGUGCUGACGGAGCCCGGGCUGAGCGUGAUCAUCAGCGCCGUGCUGACGAGCCGCGCCAUCUGGCUCUUCACCAUCGUCACCUACUUCCCGCUGGACGUGCUCAAGUUCGCCAUCCGCUACUUCCUCUCCGGCAGGGGGUGGAGCAACGUGUUCGACGGCAAGACGGCGUUCGCGCAGGGGGUCGACUACGGCACCGACAAGCGCAAGGCCGAGUGGGCCGUCGCGCAGAGGUCGCUACACGGCCUGCACGCCUCCAGCGGCGGCGAGGCCUCCUCCUCCGGCGUCUUGGAAGACAAGAGCGACAUCUCGGAGAUCGCCGAGCAGGCCAGGCGGCGCGCCGAGAUCGCCAGGCUGCGGGAGCUGCACACGCUCAAGGGCCACGUCGACUCGGUGGUCAAGCUCAAGGGGCUCGACAUCGACAACAUCAACCACAACUACACCGUCUGA